AUGUCAAACUGCAACCUCACACCAAGGACUUUCUUGACAUCUCAAACCCUAAAGCCGUUUUGGAGCCACUCUUGUUUAACCUCUGGUGACACUAUCAUGAAGCCAGCACCAUCCACUCGGCCAAAGAAGAGACCACAAGAAGCUGAAGAAGAUGAAGAGCCACCUCAAAAGAUAGCAAAGUUCAGUCCCUUUACUGGUUCAGCAAGACAAUUGGAUGGAAAACCGGUCUUGACACAAUCCAUUGCACCUGCAGUUUCCUCUCCUCCUGUACUCAAGAAACACCAAACGGAGAGUGGAAAUGGAACCAAUAAGGGUUCUAAGUCAUCAGCUUCUGCUUCAUUUCAACAUUCCGGAAAGCUUGAGUUUGGUUCAAAUGUCAACCGGCCCAUGAAUGAAACCCCAAAAGUUUCCCCAAACAACAGCAGUAGGCAAGAGCCCUCUCACAAGGAAGAAGAGCCAGAGUUGCAAGCAUUCACAGGGAAGAAAUAUACCCUGAAAUGGUGA